UCGGAGUGAGUCGAUGCAACAUAUCCCCUACAUUUCACUUUCGUGCUUUAUACGAGUUCAGAUCUGUUUGAGUCGCUCGACCAAUCAUUCAGUCAGUUGAAUUCGAACGGACGUGUGGGAAGGAUCAAUCUUGUUUUUUUUUUCUGAGAACAGAUUAAGUGCCGAUUCUAUUUUCGGAAAAGGAAACAUUGGAUUUCGAACUUAUGUGUGAGAUAACAGUGCAGUGACGUUGCCACGUAAAGAUUAUAUCUUGCGAGGAUUCAGCGAGAAUGUAAUUAUUUGAAUAACAUUGUGACAAAUACUUAUAAAAGAAGAAGAGAAAAAAAAAAACACUACAAGUGUCUUCAUAGUGUCGCGGUGUCAAGAAAUACGAAAAAGAACAUUUUAAAUAUCUUCACGGUAUCACAGUGUCAAAAUGCUUGUCGCUGAGAUGCCGCCCAGCUUCAUGAAAAAGAACAACAAUUAUAGUCACUGUCCGUUAAAGAAGCGGCCGUUUUAUUAUACGUCCGAGGACGAAGAUGAAGCCCCUGAAGUCACCAAAGACGAGAUAAUUGACGUAGGAGUAGACGAUAUUCCCGAGCCCGAGAAUCUUAGCACAAAGCCUGAGGAUCUCAGAAGAACCGCGGAUCGUCAUCAUAAUCACCAACAACAACAACAACAAGAACAACAAGAGCAGCAACAACGCGCAUCCAGGACACCGCCGCCGAUCUCUAAAGUAUCGCCUCCGCCUUUAACAAUAGAGCCAUCUUCGCCGACGACUCAUCACUCGAUGUACGUCCAUCCGUCAUCGCUGCAUCACUAUCACCAUCACUAUCCGACUAAGACUAUCACGCCGCCAGCGGGUAUCGCGCCGAUUCAUCCGGUUGCGAAGAAAGCGCGAGUCGAGGUGAUCCAGCACAAUGACAGCUCUACGACAACGCCGACGGCGGGUAUAACGGCGACGUCGGCACCGCUGCACUUUAUGGCAAGCAAGGCGCCCUUGGAACCGUUGAAUCUAAAUACUCCGGUGGAGCCGCUGGCGCAUUACGCCACUCCGGCCUGGGCCCGCGCGGCCCCGCUAUAUCCGCCGCAUUAUCUGCCGUACCAUCCGCCUACCUAUCAUCGUUAUCCCGGAGCGGAAUUGUAUCCGUCGUACCCAGUAUCAGGAUAUCCUCACUCGUCUCCGGAGCAUCAUCCGUCGAUUUCGCCACCGCCACACGGUGCACUGACUUGUCCGACCAUUCAACGGCCCAUCGUCAGGAGCUACCAUUGGAGCAGUCCAGAUCACUGCGGUUUAUCGCCCACGAGUUCUGUGGGUUCCGGCUCGUUGCGGUCACCUCCACCAGUGACGCCGGAAGACCUGUCCUCGUCACCCAGCAGCGACAGCGGCAGAUCAUCCGCGGGUAGCACCUCCGCCGGGCCUACGAUCGUGAACACGAAAAUGGAGAAGAGCAGCCCGAGCGCGAGCGCAUCUUCCAGCACGACGUCGCCCAGGUAUUCGUGUGCGGAUUGCAACAAAUCGUACUCGACGUACUCGGGUCUGUCGAAGCAUCAACAGUUUCAUUGCGCGGCCGCCCAGGGUCAGGCGAAGAAAUCCUUCUCAUGCAAAUACUGUCAGAAGGUGUACGUCAGUCUGGGUGCAUUGAAGAUGCACAUCCGGACGCAUACAUUGCCUUGCAAGUGCCAUACGUGCGGCAAAGCGUUCUCCAGGCCGUGGCUUCUUCAAGGUCACAUCCGGACGCACACCGGUGAGAAACCGUUCAGAUGUCAGCAUUGCAACCGCGCGUUCGCCGACAGGAGCAAUCUCAGGGCUCAUCUGCAGACUCAUAGCGACGUCAAGAUCAGCAGGAUGUCAUUACUUACGAAGCAUCAGGAGGGCGGUUGUCCCGGCGUCCCGGUAUCAGUCACUUACCCUUGCUAAAAUUGUAAGUUUGCGCGAUCUAUACCAAGGAGACAAACGUACGUUUUAAUUCCACGGUCUCAAAGUGCCUUAAAAUGCAGUACAAACGAAAUAGUGCAGUCCGGUAUCUU